CCACGCGCGGACAGAGCGUCGCGCUCCCACACUUCACAGAGGGACUAGUUGCUGAAGCGGAGACACCUCAUUACAUCCCGAGCACCAGCUGAAGGGGAAGAUACUCACCUGUGUGCUGCCAGGACGAAUUAAAAAGGAUUCCUUUCUUUCUUCUUCUUCUUCUUCUUCUUUUUUUACAGGUUUAAACUCCGAAGACGCAGAAAGGACUGUACUCUUUUUUUUGGUCGUCCGUCCGGAAGAGAGAGAGAGAGAAAAAAACAAGUUUUUCUUCUUCUCUAUUUUUGUUUUGUUUUAUUUUUGUUCUCCUUAYUGAGUGACUGACUCCGAGUCUUAUCCGAGGGGAGGGUUUGCUUCCAUUUCAAACGAAUUCCGGAGAGACUUUGUGGAGCAUAAUGGCGAAAAAUGACAAGAGAAAAAUGAUCGGACUGCUGCUCUGCUUUGCUGCGUCGAUACUUAACCAACACGGAGCCUCGGGUCAAAGGGUGAAGGUAGAACCAGAGGUGUUGUCGUAUCCAGGCCAGACGGUCAACCUGCGUUGUUCCUUUUCAGAUCCCACUGGAGUCCAGCUCACAAUGGUCACUUGGAUAUACGAGCCAAAGGAYGGAGAACGGCAGAACAUCGCUGUGUUUCACCCCAACUUUGAUCCCAGCUACCCCGACUCACCAGUGAAGGGUCGAGUCAGCUUUACACCCAGUUCUCCAAACAUGAACACCCCGUCCAUCCAGAUCACCAAUGUCCGACUGUCAGACGAGGGAAAGUACAUCUGUGAAUACGCAACCUACCCGAGUGGCAAUGAGCAGGGCAUCACUCAGCUGAUCAUGUUGGCCAAGCCAAAAAACUCAGCCACCGUUGUAACGGUGAAUGCCAGCACUCAGGCUGUUGUGGUGGCUCGCUGUGUGUCUGCGAACGGUCGCCCUCCUGCCACAAUCAAAUGGAUUACGACAGCCAACGGUGAARCAAAGGUGGUGUCCACGGCGGGGAUUAACAACACGGUGACGGUUACCAGCGAAUACCUCCUGGUUCCGACGUCGGCAGACAACGGGAAAGACAUCAGCUGCAGUGUGGAACACAGGACUCAGGUCAAUCCAGAGAGCAUACCGUUGAAGCUAGCUGUUCUGUUUCCCCCUGAGGUGGAGAUUCAUGGUUACGACAAUAACUGGUAUUUGGGCCGUACCAACGUUGUACUCACCUGCGAGGCUAAAGGAAACCCCAUGCCAACCACUGUAGGCUGGAAAAUGAUGUCUGGGAAGGUGCCAGAGACGGUGCAGAUCAUGGGUAAAGAGCUGAAGAUUCUGAAGAUAGACGAGAACGUCAACACCACCUUCGUCUGCGAAGUCAACAACCGCAUCGGAAGUGGCAAAGACCAGGUCGCAGCUUUCGUCAGAGAGCCUUCUCCAGACCCCUCCAAUGCCGGCGUGGUGGCAGUGGUUGUUUCAUGCUCCCUGCUGCUCAUCCUUUUGGUGGCCGYCCUCAUGGCUGUGUUCAUCACCCUUAGGCGCAGGCAGCAGCAGGGUUACCGGGCCAACAGCAGCAGCGACAUGAAGACGCGCAUUUUUGGCGGCGGCAAGAAAGCGAGCAAGAACGGAACGGGCGGAGGAGCGGGGAGCGGAGGCGUCUCGGGUGGCAACAACAACGGCCCCAUCUACAUUUACAACGAGAGCUCGACCCACCAGGGCAUCGGAGAGAAAAACAACCACCACCAGCCGCUCACCAUGGGGGGCCAACCUGAGCAUGGUGCCAAAACACCCACCGCCCAAGACAUCCUGCUGAGCAACGAAUUGGACGAAGCGGAGAGGAGGAAGUUUGACGAGAUGGAGGAGGAGGAGAGGUAUGACCACUUCUCUGGGGGGAGCUCGAUCCUUCAGCUACGCCCACCUCACGACCAGGACGAUAUGAUUGGAGAUUACCUGGAUGAUGACAUGGAGUCCCAGCGGGACGGAUCAGUCAUCUCGCGAACUGCCGUCUACGUAUAAAGGAGGAGGAGAAGGAAAAAAAAUAACAAGGCUUGAGGAUUUGGCAUCUUUAAGGAAUCGGGAAAAUAAAGAAAUACCACUUUUUAUUUUUGCAAAUUGAUUUUAAAUAUACCCCAUUAUGAAUCACGUCCGCCCUAUGGUGAACUUGACUGGCAGAAGGCAUGUGGAAUAAUUUAAAAGAAGCAGCGUCGGGUCCUAAAGAACUGAAACUCAAACGGAGAAAAGAACAACCUUUCUCUCACUGCUUCUGCUCAUGCUCUCUCCAUUUCCGGGACUUUGACUUUAACAGACUGAAGGAGAAAAUCUUGAUAUAAUCACAAUACAAGCUCUUAUACAGACAUCUCACUUGCAUAUUCACUCUUAGCUUCACUUAAAAACAACAACAAAAGGCUCGUCUUGCAGUUACAUGUUGCCUCCACGUCUCCGUCCUCUUGUGGGAAGCUUUUGUUUYGGUAAUGUGUUGUGCUGUGACAUCUGCUGUGUUGCUGUGGCUUUAAAAUACAGACAUCAAGUGUGUUUGGAAAAGUGAGCAAUGUAUUUCCUUAUGUUCACUCUGCUCUCUCUGCCUUAUUUGAAAACGUGAUAAAAAAAUCUCUGCACCAUAUCAACAGAGACUUUAGAAUUGAACAGAGUUGAAACUAAAGAUUUAAUUCAAUUUUUUUUGGUUUGUUUCACAAAUACAAAGCGGACAAAUAGAAUAAAGUUUGCAGAGAGUUGGAAACCGCUUCCUUUAAGAUGUGAACUUUUAUUUUUGUGCCUGCGGGUUAGAGAGUGUAAACAAGCGAUUGAGGAAUGAGGUGUAGCUGAUCUGACAGGGUCAAGGGAUGAAGAGAAAGAUGCAGGAGGUGCUGGGGAUGAGCACGUCUCUUCCUCUCACUUCCUCCUGGUCCUCAUCUCACCGGAGCGCUCCUGACAGGAGGAGCUUGAUUGGUAAUGAGCCGUGAAGUUGCUCGCUUAGCUGGGACCAACAGAUUGCCACCACUUAUCGUUUAUGACGUCCCCACCCAACACACACACACACACACACACACACACACACACACACACACACACACACAUACAUUUCCAUCUUGCCGUCCCCACAACCCCCCUUCUUUGCCUCUCUCUCCAAGCCUUUAUGGGAAGUUUUGAUUUAUCCGGGGCAGAGUCGAGGUCAGGGCCAACCAAGAGCAGGGCAGUAUUUUACUCUGGACGAUGCGUCAAAUGCCCCGCUUACUUGACUCCAGCCUGCCCUGAUAUAUCGGGACAAAGUAAUCCACCUGGAGUGGUGGAGUUGACUUCACUGCUUCCCCGCCACCCACCCCCUUGAGACCCCCACCUUCUCCCUCACUUUAGAAAAUGGCCGGAUGUAACAGAAGCUCACCUCCAUAGUGCAGUGGUGUUAGGGAAGACAGAUUUUCAAUGAGGAUCAUAUAUUUCCUUCCAUUAGCAGAUGUUGGAUGUAGUGAAUUGAUUAGAAGACAUAAAAAGGUUGGAUAUUGACUAACGGGGCAACAUGUGGUGAAAUGGCUCUUUAUGAUGCAGGUUCAGGGCUUAUUGUCUUCUGACUGUUAAUUCAUCCUUUUAACGAGCCACCGGAGCUUGGUUCUUUAGCAAAAAUUAAAAAUAAAAGGAAAAAAGCGACUUUGUGGCUUCAGCACACUGCUGUGUUUGAGUUUGUGUGCACGUUUAAGUACCUGGAUGAUUAUGGAGAGAAACUCUUAUCAUCACGCUUUUUCCAGCCUCCUAAUCGACUCCCCUAUGACCCCGCCAUAGGGGAAUCACCCGAGCAUGGUCUUGACCAGCAAAGAUCUGGACAGACGUUUGCUGCAGGUCAUGAAGUCGAAACCAAGUUGGCUCCUCACCAAGGGCRAAGAUGAUUAUGCUCGCAUGCAUUUCUUAUCAGGACUUUUUAACCUUGACCUAUCGAUGUAAGAGGAUACACUCCUCYUAUUCGUGUUUUGCCAUUGUGCCGGCUGUUAACCUUCAUACAGGCAGAGAGGAAGAGCAGGGAAAACRCAGGAGGCAAACGACUAAAAUAGAGUCAGCAUUUAGUGUUUGAGCUCCGCCUGGCAGGUUGUAAGCCGGCGCGUUCAAUAGGAUUAUCAUCUAAUGGCCUUAGUUUGUACAUAAAUGCAAGUCCUGUCAACCUGGGGUAAAGUAAAUGUACUGAACACAGCUGAUUUGUCACAACCACUCAAUAUAAAAAUGUAUUACUUAUUUUUGCACUUGUUUGUCAAAGCUUCGAGGAAAAAUACGAGUGAAACACUUUGGUUUCUUAGUGGAAUAAAAUGUGGGCGUGGGACAAACACACGUAUGUACGUUUUGGUGUGAGGUAUCUGUGUAUUAUAUAUGUAAUCAUCUAUAUUUUUCUUGUGCAAAUGUGGAUAUUUGUGAAAAUGUAAAUAUCAGAUCGAUGGARCCGGUGUUGCUAGGAGGAGGAGGGCGUUCUUGGGUUAGCCUGAAGUUCAAAUGUCACAAAGGGCAUUCAGAAUGUACUUUUUACCCUCAGUAGUUUGAACUUACAACAUGAACUGAACUGAGCUUAGUUAGAUUUCAGUCCAAAAGUUGAUUUACAUUGAGGAAAAACAAACAUUUUUUUUUAAAUUGACUGCAUUUUCGUACAAGCACACGUUUAUUCAUAGGCAAGUUUUAGUUUUUAACCCCCCCCCCCUUUUUUUUUACAGAUACUGUGCACAGGGCAAAAAAUACAGUUUUAUUCAGUGCACCACACAAGCAAGGGUCUGUGGCAUCAGAGUCAGCGCUCCGUGUUCAAUAAGUUAUAGUCUGCGUGUAUUUUGGUGACGCUCUCGGGCUUUGACAUUUUUCUCUGCCAUAUGGGGGCUGUAACCCGAGUAGCCGCUCUCUGUCAUCGUUAAAAAGUGUCAAACUGCAGAUAUUAUUGUGCAUUUGAAAGACGCACUCACUCGCACACACGUACUGUAACGUAUACAUUCGGAGAGAGUGCAGAGAAACAUUCGCCCACACACAAACACCCCUCAGUCGCUCUCAUUAUGCUCACUCCCACAGCCAAACUGUGCAGCAGACACCUCAUACCUGACAACUCUGCCAUCUUCUGACAUAAGCCCACACAAAAGUGCUCGCAUAGCUGCACAGACUCAAAAAAAAAAAAAAAUAGAGAAACUAAUACAAAAACACUUUUUUUCUCCACCUUUGCUUGCUCAGUGGCUGUGUCAGAUAUAGUGUCCUGUCAUUAUGAAACCCGCUCCUAAAUCGGUGGCCAUGUAGAACCAAGACAACUGCUCAUUCAGAGGUGCACACACCUUUCAGUCGGUGUCAGAGAAGCUUGCCUUUUCGUUUUUCUUCAACAAAAGCAUUUAUCCAUCCCACUUUUGUUCUCCGCGGAAAUAUAGCUUUCACGAAAACGCCACCGUGCUGACCUCCUCCUCGUCCCAGAUGCUUUCAGGAAAGGCGCUCAUCCCAGCGACUCGUUGUUUUCGACUUCUCRGCCACCUCCGCUGUGGCGACCACCUCCACAGACACAUGCCUUCAAAGUGAGGCUUGUCAGACAAAAAAAAAAAAACCUUUUUAGAGAACCCUGUAAUUCUGGCCCUGAGUCUAGCACAAAGGUUAUGUAGUCAAAACAUAAAAUACUUUUUUCUUUUUCUUCAGAAAGCCACAUGCUCUCGCUGUUUGUUUGGCUCCAGACAUCUGAUGACAAAUCAAAGCCUUAACAUCCUCCAUCUCACUCACAUACCAGGAAAAAAUGAAGACCUUCCUGUGUAGAUAGUAUAAAUAUAUAAAUAUGUAGCAGAGAAGAAAAAAAAUACUAAUUUAUGGUGUCACGUUUGUGUAUUACUCCGUGACAACAAGCAUGAAGGAUUUAUUUUCCUCUAUUAUAGUCACUCAACUCUUCUGUUAUUUUGCAGUGCUUUAUAAUUUGUUUUUUGAGUGCUUUAUUCUUGACUGCUGCGCUGUGAUUGCUGCCAAAACUGGCAAAUUUGCGUCUUCUGUACAAGUGAACUGUAUACACACACACACACACAUACACUACAAAACAGUCUUAACCCAAAAUGUGCUUUUAGUAUUGCUCUGUGUACAAAAAUUGUUUUGUAUUUUUUAAUUUUGAUUUUAUUUCGGUCUUAAAGAAAAAUGAAGUAGAAUUGUUGUCACGAUUUUGUCAUGUCUUUCUAUAUUUUUUUUCAUAUUUCGUUGAUUAUUAAAAACUUCUUGAUUUUUGAAAUGU